CUAUAAGUAUAUGUGCACACUUCAAUUACCAAAACUCAUCUCAUUUCAUGUGGUAAAAGCUAUAUAUUAUACUCCAUUAUUUAAGCUUUUACCAACUUGACAUGGAAUUGUUCUUUCUGGCUCUCCUCCUUUGCAUCUUCGUGAUCUUGUUGGUUUCACUCUCCUUUCAACUACUCUACUUCAACAAAAGCUCAGUCUUGGCCGGAACCCUACCUCCGGGCAAGACCGGAUGGCCGGUCAUCGGAGAAACCCUCGAGUUUCUCUCAACUGGUUGGAAAGGUCACCCUGAAAAAUUCAUCUUCGAUAGAAUGUCUAAGUACUCAUCUAGCGUCUUUAAAACUCAUCUUUUAAUGGAAAAAUCAGCAGUCUUUUGUGGUGCUACCGGUAACAAAUUCUUGUUUUCUAAUGAAAACAAACUUGUACAAGUAUGGUGGCCUAAUUCCAUCAAAAAAAUAUUCCCAUCUAAUUUGACUCAAAACUUUAGUAUAAAUGAACAAGGCAUUAAAAUAAGAAGAUUGCUUCCAAAUUUCUUGAAGCCAGAGGCUCUUCAACGUUACGUUGGGAUUAUGGAUAAAAUUGCACAACGCCAUUUUGCGACGUGUUGGGAAAAUAAAGGCCAAGUACAAGUUUACCCUCUUGCCAAAAGCUAUACUUUUUGGCUAGCUUGUCGAUUAUUUGUGAGCAUUGAAGAUCCUCAACAUGUUGCUGAAUUUGCUAAACCCUUUAGUGUUUUGGCUGCUGGAUUGAUUUCUAUCCCCAUUGACUUGCCAGGAACGGCAUAUAAUCGUUCGAUCAAAGCCUCAAAUUUGAUAAGAAAGGAGCUAUUGAGAAUCAUAAAGCAAAGGAAGAUUGAUUUGGCAGAGGGAAAAGCAUCGCCAACACAAGAUAUAUUGUCACACAUGCUGUUGACAAGUGAUGAAAGUGGGAAAUUUAUUCAUGAUUUGGAAAUAGCUUCUAACAUUUUAGGGUUGUUGGUUGGUGGACAUGACACUGCUAGCUCUGCUUGCACUUCCAUUGUUAAGUUUCUUGCUGAGCUUCCUCAGGUAUAUGAAGCAGUCUAUAAUGAGCAAAUGGAAAUAGCAAAGUCAAAAUCAGCAGGAGAAUUAUUGACGUGGUAUGAUCUUCGGAAGAUGAAAUACUCAUGGAACGUAGCAUGUGAAGUUUUAAGACUUGCGCCACCUCUCCAAGGUGCUUUUAGAGAAGCCAUUUCUGAUUUAAACUUUAAUGGUUUCUCCAUUCCCAAAGGAUGGAAGCUAUAUUGGAGCUCAAACACAACCCACAGAAAUCCAGAAUGCUUUCCUGAACCUAUGAAGUUUGAUCCAUCAAGAUUUGAGGGAAGAGGACCAGCUCCUUAUACAUUUGUUCCAUUUGGAGGAGGUCCAAGAAUGUGUCCUGGAAAAGAGUAUGCAAGAUUAGAAAUACUUGUGUUUAUGCACCAUCUUGUUAAAAGGUUCAAGUGGCAGAAAAUUAUUCCUAAUGAGAAAAUCAUUGUUGAUCCAAUGCCUGUUCCUGCCAACGGUUUUCCUGUUAAACUUUACCCGCACCAACCUUAAAGGAUUCUUUAAUCUGGAUUUAUAAUUUAUCAAUAUUUUUCAGUUUGUC